AUGCUUACCGAGUCCAAUGACAGUCCCUAUGCCGGGGGCGAUGCACCAAAGCUGCGAACCGCCUGUGAGAACUGUAGGCAAUCCAAGGUGAAAUGCAAUCUGUCCGGGAAAAGUAUUUGCACAAGGUGUUUGCGACAUGGUUUACAGUGUCAAUAUGGCUUUGCAAAUCGUUCCGGGAAGCCAAAGGGGAGUAAGAAUCGAGCCACACUGCGCAAAUUAGGUCAGUUGCAAGAUGAAAAGCCACCUAUUCGAGGAUUUCGGGGAAAUCGUACUGUGCCUCCGGUGGUAGAUAGGGAACCCCAAGUCCCUCCUAGCUACCGAGGGAAUAUGACAGACUCACUAAUGAACGAUGACAUAUGUCUAAUACCAGGCCCACCGGCGCUUUGGGAAAGCCCACGAAGUUUUGGAAGCGGUGCUGCGUUAGACACACCCAUAUGUCCUUCUCAUCUGACGGGCGUUGAUGGUUCACCAUUCAAUGAUCUCAUGGAUUCAUGUUCCGCAUUGCCUCUUGGUCUGGGAUAUCCACAUACACCCGUCACACCUACCUUCCUUGCAUCCGACCCUUUGAUAGAUGGCAUAGCGAGUCCACCAUUUGGAGGAUCCGUUUCCUCACCCUACUCAGCAGUACGAUGCGAGUGUUUGGACAAACAACUGUUUUAUAUGAACCGUAUGAAUCAUCUUCUAGCUGAAUCGGUUCCUUUGAGAUUUGAUCAUAGCCUUCAAGCCAUCAAAGCUACUUUCUGCGCAUGCCAAAUAUUCAUGCAGUGUGUCAAAUGCACCAAGGACAGUGGUAACUUACUUCUGGCUAUAUCUGUACUCAAUCUGACUUUGCAGCUCUUCGAGCAUUGGAUAUCCGGUGAAACCUCACGUGUCCCGCACGUGGAGCAUGGUAUCGAUAUUCGCUACGGGUAUUAUGAGGUUGGCCAAGAAGACAAUCGACAGAUACGGUCAUUCUUGCUUCGGAGCCUACUCCUCCAGUGCAGAGAUGUUUUGUCUAAUUUGAAGGCCACCGUGAAUACCAUUUCUCUCGAGAAUCCAAAGCUACUUGAUGACGAAGUAUCUCGGGAUCAGACUAUCAAAAGUGAAUACUCUGCCGAUCAACCCUGGGUCUCGCCAGAUCAUUUUGGAGUCACACUGCAAGACUCGGAGUCAGAUGCACCUGGCCCCGGAAGUAACUGUUUAUUACCUAUCGUCACCGGCUACGAAGCUACUGUGGAAGCAUUUCUACGCUCUGUCUCAAACGAUUGUAUCUGUGGAUCCAAGUAUGCAGUACGAGAUGAGUCCCUCUGA